AUGGAGUUUCUACAUCACCUCUUACAACUUGUUCCAGUGUUUGAUCACCCUUGUGGUAAAAUAAACUUGCCUUAUGCUCAACUGGAGUUUCCUGUGUUCCAGCUUCUGUCCAUUGCCUCCUGUCCUGUUCUGGUGCACCUGCCGCAAGCUCUAGCCAAUAUCGACAUCGGCAGCCUCAUCUGUAAUGUAGGAGCUGGUGGUGGUGGUGCUCCAGCUGCAGCUGCUCCUGCUGGUGGUGCUGCGCCUGCGGGUGGUGCUGCCCCUGCUGAGGAGAAGAAAGAAGAGGAAAAGAAAGAAGAAUCGGAGGAAUCCGAUGAUGACAUGGGCUUUGGUCUUUUUGACUAAUGAGUUUUGUACCUGCCUGUAAUAAAGAACACUUAAAUGUA